CCUGUUCAUGGACUGGUUUUCAGGAAAUUCUAUUCACUGUUGCUUUUGUAAACCAUAUGCUAAACAUUCUCUAAUACAAGUUAACUUUCCAUGUAGGGCAUGAUCACGGCAACUGCUACUCUUCAGCAAUAGGCUCCUUUUGCUCUGCUUCUCACCUAGUCGUACUCUUCCGCUUUGAACAAGGAAAGAAAUGCAACAAGGCGGCCUAUAUUUACAGAUUAGCAGAAUUGGAUCCUCGCAAAGCUUUGUCUAGAAGUGGUGGAAUUGGGGCGGGAAAAACGGCCCCGGUUCAAGCGGAUUACGAGCUGCUGGGAGCGCAUCGAUGCUGAGCAGCGAAAGAACCGCUUCGCGUGCCUCGGGUCGGAAGCGAAGCCUCCCCACUAGGAACUCUCCCAACUCCGACCAGGCUCCAAGGUUGCCGCGGCCCUGGCUGAGGCAGCGAAGAGCAUUUCCGUUCAACAGAGCCUGGAACAGCAACCUGGCCGGGAGAAAACUGCCCUCCAGCCGGUCAGGGCCGACCCCCGGAACCCCACCCGCGCCCGACAGGCCCAGCAGCUCUGGAGAGCGAGCAUAGCGCUCUGGCUUCCACACCGAGGCCGCACUGAGGAGGGAAGCGCGAAAGCAGGACCCUUCUCGCCACGGCAGCCACCUCUGAGUUUACUGGGCGCCAGGAAAACUAGGAGGGGGUUGCAAGCUGACGCAGACACACACACGGGGGCCCCCACGAGCGCAGACACGCGGACAUCCCGACAGGCUUCCUCGCCUCGCGUCGCGCAUCCGGCGCGACAUCGGCGCGAGGCGAGCGAAAGAACCCGGAUGUGUCUCCUUCAGGCCGAAACUCGCGCGGGCGAGCGGGCGAUGCCGGGAAGCAGUUGUUGUUUUCCCUUCCGUAUUUAGUAUUUUGAUUGUGGUGUACGUUGUUUGGCUUUAUUCUACCUCUCGAACAAGGGAGGAGUUUUCAGACACACCCUCCCAUUGAUAGAUAUUAGAAGACAAUAAUUUUACAGUAGUGCCUUUUGAAGCAAAGUCAUGGAACCGAACUAGACAAUUAGAGCCCAAACUAGGAUUAAACCAGCCGGACAAAUAUUUAGGUUAUCUACAGAAUACAAUUCGAAAUGACAGGAAAAGAAGCACAACGCUUAAGGAACCUUUGUUUCAGAUAACUGAAGACUUUGGGCUUUAGCAAAACGAACCCCAAUAAUACAGCAAAAUUGAUGGUUACAUAAAAUGAGUCAGUGUCUUUCAGAGAUGGGUAACUUCGUAUAUGAUACCUGCACAGAAACUUCAGCUAGUUUUCACACACACAGAAACUUCAGCUAUACUACAAAAAACAUUAAAAUUGGGCUUCUGGUAUGGUGGUCUCCUGUUUUAGGUGAAGAGAUUUGUCCAAGAACAAAAAGAAAUACUGUAUCCCUGAAUCGCCAUAUCUGCCAUGAAGAUCAGGCCCCUAGAGGCUUGCGUCAGGAGCCUUUAUUCCCAAAGAACACCAACCAUCAAUAUACAUGUAUGCAUCCCAAGUUCCAUAUCAGAACCCAGAAGUGUCAUCCUAAUCAGUGACCAGAUGCAAUCAAGUGCAAACUAUACCAGGCAUUACUUGCAUGUCCUGUUGUUGUCCCAAAAAUGGGGUUCUUCUGUGGAAAAAACAGAUGGUGCAAACAUACUCUGACACACAGACAUAAAUAACUACAUGGUUUUAUAUCAGAUGCUGCAGAUAUUGUGCUGCAGUUUGGUAGUACAAUCAACAUAUGCUAAUGAGAUGUGCGAUUGCUCUGGGAUUUUUCUCAUCCACCUCGUUAAAUUCCUCUAUCACACGCUUUUGCCUUCCUUGCCUCCUUUCUAGUCUCCAUCCCCACUGCCAAGUACUUCUCACUCCCUGCCCAAGUUACCCUGUAUUCCAACCCUCACAUGUAAAACCCUCUUUACAAUUUUCCCUUCCAUGGGGUCACAGCACCUUUCCACUUAUACUUACACUGGCAAAGGGAAACAAAAUAGAAAGAAGCUGAUUGUGUUUUAAAACUAAGAACUGGUUUUUAAAACACGAUAAAGGUUUAUACUGUUCAGAGUAUGGCAGCAGAGUGCUCAGUUUUCUGAAGUUUGCCUCAUGGGAAGUCAGGUAUUUUGGUUCCUUGCUCUAUGUGUCUGUUAAAAUCAUAAGCUUGCCCCCAAACAUAAUUACAUUAAGCUCUCUCCUCCUUCUCUCAUUAUAUAACAGGCACUGAGACUGAAGGCUUUGUUUUUUUGAUUCCUAGUAAUGCUGUGGGUGGGCCGAGGGCCAGUUUUAGGCUGGUAUUUUCUGGAGGGGAGGGGUAGGAGAAUAAAGCAGAUGGAUUUGUGAGCAAUCCAGAAGCUUUAUGGAACAGACAAAUUCUUCCAUCUCUGCUAAUCCUUCCCAGAUACAGAGGAUUUCUCUGCCAUUAAAUGAUAGAUUUUAAGAGAAAAAUGCAGCCCUUUAGCAAUACUGCCAUAUAACUAACAACAAGCUUCAAAGAAGAAAAGGACAACACAGCUAUCAGACAGGUUUUGGAAGAGUAUUUGCGAGAUUUGAGAUGCCACAAGUGAAUAAUCAAGGUGAUGUUUGUCAUCAUUUUAAAUUCUGUGUGUGCACCCAAGAGAGAAGUUGCUCCAUCCUGUGUGACCGUGCUGGCCUAACACAGAUCCCCAGUGAGUUUCCCUGUGAAGCCUACUCUAUUAACCUGGAUAAAAAUAGCAUCAAAUUCCUCUCUGAGAGGGCAUUUGGUACCCUACCAUCACUCAAGUCUCUCUCAUUAAGUCACAACAACAUCUCCUUUAUUACUCCUGGAGCUUUCAAAGGCCUAGCUAGCUUGACUGAGCUGAAAAUGGCCCAUAAUGAGUACAUUCGGUAUCUACAUACUAGGACUUUCAUUUCACUCAAGAGACUCAUCAGACUGGACUUAGCAGACUGCAACCUUUUCAACAUUCCAGACAGAAUUUUUAUAGAGCUUCCAGCACUUCAGGAACUUUUUUGCUUUCAGAACAAUUUCCGAAGGAUUCCAGGAGCUAUUAGAGGGAUGGAGAAUCUGACCCGAGUUUAUUUGGAGAAGAACAGGAUAGAAGCUGUGGCUUAUAAUUCACUCCUGGGUCUGACCCGGUUGAAAUAUCUCAAUUUGCAGGACAACAGAAUAAAUGUAAUUCAUGACAGAGCUUUUCAGGAUUGUCAGAAAAUUGAGUAUCUUUAUUUAAAUGACAACUUAUUCAGUGACCUUCCUGAGAAUUCCUUCGAUGGUUUGCGGCAUCUCAAGAUGCUUAAUCUUGGUGGCAAUUUUCUGAGGAAUGUCUCUAAUACCUGGUUCCGAGACCAGUUUGAACUGGAAGUUUUGUAUUUGGACAGAAACCGGAUCAGCUACAUUGAAGAAGGGGCUUUUGAAAACCUUACAAGCUUGGUGUCUUUGCACUUGAACAGUAACAACCUAACUACCUUGCCUUUCUCUGUCUUUCAACCUGUGUACCUCCUUGGAAGACUGUACCUUUUCCGGAACCCCUGGGAGUGUGAUUGCAGGAUUGAGUGGCUGAAAGAGUGGAUGGAGAAUUACAGACUUGUUAGGGAUAUUCCUUGUGCCUCCCCGUCUUCUGUAACUGGUCUUGAUUUAACAGAUGUGACGUUUGAGAGAACAUCUGAAGGUUUCUGUCUUGAUCCAGAAGAAUUAAAUGUCACAACUUACAGUCCUUUUCCAACUGGAGAACCACAAUCUACCACAGAGAACAAAUUCAACAGCCUUAUCUCAAAAUUUCUACUCUGGAACGGCCUUUCAGAAGAGGUGGUAAACUCUACAGAAGCUUUUAUUAAUACUACCUCAUUAGAUGGAUUGACUAAUGAGGCAUAUUUAGGACCAAGGGAAUGUAAUAUCAAGAUAAUCUGUUCUUUUACUAUUUUGAUACCCACUGUAGUGCAAGCAGUCGUCGUAGGUAGAUGGUAAAUAGCUCACAGCAGUACUAAGGUUAGUCAGUAAUGUAACUGCUGAAUAGACUAAAAGUUAAGUUGAUCCCCACAGAACUCACAAUGGAUUAGAGAUCAAAGGUCUCUGUGGUUUAGCACAUAUUUGGACCCAGGAAUCUGGUUUGGGCCCCUAUUCCAAAACAGGUUCUAGUUCACAGAGACAUCAACCAUUUAUAUGCCUUAUAGGCUUUAUAGCUUCAAAAUGUGACACACCUAAAUGCUUGAUUCCCCGCCAUUAGUCUUUCACAAGACUAGAGUCCAUAGGCUGCAAUGAAUUUAAUCCAUAUUCCUAUGAUGUGAGAGAAGAAGUUUAACAGGGACAUCCUCUACUGUUCUGCUUGUAUUUUAUAAAAGAGUCUAUGAGAAAGAGCAAAUAAGAAUGGCAGCCUACAAGGAAGGUAUUAGAUAUGGAUUAAUUACUCAGCUUUACCUUGUUGAAAAUUUUACAUGGAUUUUUCAAGACAUUUUGGUUAUUGUACAUACAAGGUUCUGCCAUCAUUGCACAAAAAGGGGGAUUUGCAGCUACUAAAAAUAAAGAGAAACCAAAAAAAGGGGCUGUUGUUCUAUGUGGAUAUCCUGGUAACAAUGAAAUCAGCAAGAUGAAAAUGUAAUGACCCAGUUGUUUGUAUAGUUUCCUUUCUCUUCAGAGUUAUAAAUACAUUUUCCUUAAUGUGGUGUAAACCCGAGGAAGCACAACUUAAAAAAGCAUGUCUAGCAAA